AAGAUAUAAUCCUCCCAUUAAAGUUUAUGGUACCCUUAGAUGGGUGUUUGCCGUCUGGAAGAACAACACAUAAGGAGUCGAGUUGAUAGUUUUUUAUAUUCCAUGGAGCAACCAGAGAACAUUAGCCGUAGUGAGCACAUUAUCGACAUACCGAGGAAUGCAGCUAAUGCAUCUUCUUCAGCUCCGUCUCACGAUAGAAUCUCGAACGUAUUAGAGCCUCUUCAGCAUGAGGAGAGACCUUCAAGUGCGCCUCAAAUGCCCGUUUCCCAGCCACAACCACAGCCACAGCCACUGACAGCUUCUACUGCUAUCCGAUCGAAUUCUAGAAAUACCCGUCGAAGGAGAAGUCCGUUGAAUUCCGGUCUGUGGAUUUCCAUUGAGCUACUACUCACCCUCGGCCAGAUAAUUGCAGCCAUUGUUGUUCUGUCUUUGUCGAGGCAUGAACAUCCUCGUGCCCCGUUGUUUGCUUGGAUCGUGGGUUAUACGUCCGGAUGUGUCGCUACUCUGCCACUUCUGUACUGGCGGUAUUAUCAUUCAAACCAUGCCGCGGAGCAGGAUUCUGGUCAGCAUCGUCCUAAUCUUAACGUUGCGGCAGGACCCUUUGCCUUCUCAAUCGCUCGGACAUCUGAAGGGGAUGGUCGGCAGAGCAAUAACAUGUCUCCCAGGGGUAGAAAUGCUGUAUUUUUGACCGCUGCUAGACUUAAAGUUUUCGUGGAAUACUUCAAAAUGGCAUUGGAUUGUUUCUUCGCGGUGUGGUUUGUGGUAGGUAACGUAUGGAUAUUUGGCGGGCAUUCAUCUGCUUCCGAGGCUCCUAACUUGUACAGGUUAUGUUUAGUGUUCCUUACCUUCAGCUGUAUCGGCUAUGCUAUGCCCUUUAUCCUCUGCACGACGAUCUGCUGCUGCUUGCCUUGCAUAAUCUCGAUUCUCGGAUAUAGAGAGGACAUGGCACAACCUCGGGGUGCCACACAUGAGUCGAUAAACGCAUUGCCGACUUAUAAGUUCAAGUUGAAGAAAAGCAGAAGUAGCGGUGACGAGAACGGGUCAAGUGGCAGCAGCGAAGGUGGAGUGGUGGCUGCAGGAACGGAUAAAGAACGUUCCAUUUCAGGAGAAGACGCUGUGUGUUGCAUUUGCUUGACGAAGUAUGCAAACAACGACGAGUUGAGAGAGCUUUCGUGCUCUCAUUUCUUCCACAAGGAAUGCGUGGACAAGUGGUUGAAGAUCAAUGCCUCGUGCCCGCUAUGCAAGGCUGAAGUCGGGGAGAAGAAUUCCGACCUUACAAGCCCCGGGAUCUUGAGAUCGCUUUCGGGGAACGACAAUCGGGUCGAGACAGGUUUGGCCAACAACGUUCUGUAGAUCUCGUCUUUAUACAAGCUAUACAUCUGUGUUCAAUUAGAACAAAGCCUCGGAGAGAACACGAGCAGGACAGGACAGGACAGGAACACGAAAGGAGACGAGGGCGGGUAAUGUCUGUCUCCGUGAGGAUGGGAACAAAAGAAAAAAAAACUGUGAAUGGAUCUUUUGCUCUGUAAAUGUCUUUUGUUGUGUAAAAAUCUCAAUUGCUUUGCUUUUUUGAUUGAGAAAGUUCCGCGUAAUCGGGACUUAUAUAAGA